CUAGGGUUUACCGCGCCGCGCCGCUUAUCCGAUCCCAACUCGAGAUAGGCAGAGAGAGCUCGUCGCCGGCGUGUUCUCCGACGAUUCCAGGCGAGCCGUCGGGCUGUCUUCUUCGUCUCUGUCACCGGCGUGUUCUCGGGAUGGAUCUUGGUUUCAUGGAUGUUGAUCAUGUGCCCCAUGCUCAUGGUAUCUUGACGGGUCAAGAUCCGUUCUACUGGCUCAGUUUGGAAUCAGCACACUCUGAUAAUGGGCAUGCAUUGGCGAUGGUUCUGCUCUGUGCGUACAGAGCUACGCAAGUUGCAACUAAAAGUGAGUUCGGUCGAUUCGUAAGUGAAAUGCCGCAUCAAGAAGAAGAUGAUCAUGUCUCUGAAGGUCCAUGUUUCAAGUGUGUUUUAAAGGAUCUAAUGUUGCAGUCUCGUCUUGUACCAAUAAGGAAGCUGAUUGGUUACUUUGUUCGGGCACUCAAUCAAUGGAACUAUCAGUCAGUUGAUGGCAGUAUUUUCCCAAAGUUACAUGAUUCCUUUGAGAUAUGGGCAAACCAGAAAGGGUGGCUUGAACAGUUGUAUUGAUGUUUCACUGCUGAAACUCACUAUCAGGUGAGAAUUAUUUCUCAUUACUUCUUCAUAGACUCGUAAUAAGGAUGGGCUUGUUGUAUUUUAUAUGUAUUAAACUGAGUAGUCUAGUCUGUUUCAUUGUAGGAUGGUUGUCGAGAAUGUUUUGGGCAUUACAGCUUGCCCCAUUAUGAUCAUGUCAUUGACGCUGAAGACAAACCUAUCGAGCUUUUCAUGGAGCUGAUGACCAAUGAGGUCGGUCGUUUUUGUACAUGCUGUGGACAACGCAAAGGUUAUGACCUGAAGUCAUCAUGUUGUCUUCCAGCAUGCCUCGUGUUUACUCAUACAGGUGUUCCUGUACCUGAGUUGCUGUAUGAGGAGGUGCAAUACAAGCUCACUGCAGUGAUUCCUAAAGUCCAGGAGCUCAAGGCUUAUCUUGUCCUGAAGAACGAAUGGUCGAUGAAUGAAUGGACGAAAAUU